AAGGCGGGGUGCUGAAAUGACAUUCGGCCCCCACCAACCAAAGCAUAUUUUCCGAAGCCCCGUUGAUUAGGAGCAAUAAAGCGUUCUUGACAUCCGUCCAGGAAGACGGAAGCAUUUAUUUGCCAGAUAGGUGUCUGAACACCUUGCGGGAAAAUGGCGGCGGGUAACGUCAACCCGUUUAACGUGAGUGAUUCGGAGGAGGAAGCGGAGCAGAGGCAGGAUGGCGCUGACACCGAUCGCAGCCCGAGUAAUGAAGCGCAAGGCCACAGUCUCGGUCCCUUCUCCCCGCCAGCGUACUCCGAGCCUCCCGCUCUGCUGUCCAGUAACAGAACAAGCCCGAGUGUGGAUGGUAUUCCCGCAUCGGCCGUUGCGGUGGCCGGUAUCGGAGGCACAGAGACGAAGGUGUCGUUGGAUGCGAUCGCCGCGCAGCUGCUUCGGGAUCAGUACAUCCUCACGGCCCUGGAGCUGCACACCGAGCUCCUGGAAGCCGGACGGGAGCUGCCUCGCCUGCGGGAUUACUUCUCCAAUCCAGGCAACUUCGAGAGGCAGAGCGGAACUCCACCCGCAUGCAAAGAGCAAGGCGGUCCUGGAGGUCCACUUAAUCGAGCUGGCAGCAUCAGUACCUUGGACUCCCUGGAUUUUGCACGGUAUUCAGAUGAUGGCAACAGAGAGUCGGACGAAAGGGUGGCAGUUCUGGAGUUUGAACUACGGAAAGCCAAGGAGACUAUUCAGGCUCUUCGUGCCAACUUGACACAGGCUGCAGAAUGUGAGAUUCCCUCUCAAGAGAGAAAAAACUACAAAUCCAGUCCUGAAAUUCAGGAACCUAUCCGUCCUCUAGAAAAGAGAGCCUUAAAUUUUUUAGUAAAUGAAUAUUUGUUGAAAAAUGAAUACAAGUUAACAUCCAUCACAUUCUCAGAUGAAAAUGAUGAUCAGGCUCUUUCUCUGCAGGAUUUUGAGUUGUGGGAUGAUGUGGGUCUAAACAUUCCCAAACCUCCAGACCUGCUGCAACUCUACAGGAACUGUGGAAGCAGCCUGCCUUUGCAACGGGAUACAGUGGACGUGGCGGUUGGUGUGGAUCCAAAUGACUUACCAGGAGAGUACUUUAUCCAGGAACCAUUGCAGCAAACUGAGAUCAUACAGAAGCAGCAACAACAGGAAGUGGUUCAGGAGUUGGAGUAUCAGAUCAGUCUGCUGAAUAGUGAAAAACAAAGUCUGGCUGAACAGAUAAAGAAGCUCCAGAGUGAAAUCCAGGCUCUUCAAAGGAAUGUCUCCUCACCCACAACCAUAGAGAAGUCUGCUCAGUCUAAAGAAUACCCUCCAUGUGAUAAGACUCCUCUAGACAAUGGACAGUAUUUGGACAUUCGGGGGGUCACAGAGACAGACUGCACUUCAGACACUACAAAGACCUCAACCACUACAACUACUACUGACUGCACUGAAAGCACCACUACUGCAAAGCAACCUCACAGCAAAGGAAAGUCUCUGAGUCAGCAGAGUAAAACCUCUGUGAAGUUUGACCAGCCCAACAGAACUCUGUCUUCAGCCUUCCACCAAGCACUUUUGUCCUUCUGUCGAAUGUCUGCUGACAGUAGACUGGGCUCAGAGGUGUCUCGAAUCGCUGAGAGUGAGCAGAGCGUUAUGCUCAUGCUGGGUCGCUGCCUGCCGCACAUCGUACCCAACGUCCUACUAGCUAAACGAGAGGAGCUGAUACCUCUCAUCCUGUGUACUGCCUGCCUGCAUCCUGAACCCAAAGAAAGAGACCAGCUUUUGCACAUCCUCUUUAAUCUUAUCAAGAGACCUGACGAUGAGCAGAGGCAGAUGAUUCUGACCGGGUGUGUGGCUUUCGCUCGCCAUGUCGGUCCCACUCGGGUUGAAGCCGAACUCCUACCGCAGUGCUGGGAACAGAUUAACCACAAGUAUCCAGAGAGAAGACUUCUGGUGGCAGAGGCGUGUGGAGCCCUGGCCCCUUAUUUACCUAAGGAGAUCCGAAGCUCCCUGGUUCUGUCCAUGCUCCAGCAGAUGUUGGCAGAUGAUAAAGCCGACAUGGUGCGAGAAGCUGUGGUGAAAAGUUUAGGCUUUAUCAUGUGCUACAUAGAUGACCCAGACAAGUACUCCCAGGGGUUUGAGCUGAUGCUGUUGUCUCUGGGCGACCCAUCGGAGAGGGUGGUCAGUGCCACCCACCAGGUGUUUAUUCCUGCCUUCGCUGCCUGGUGCACAGAACUGGGCAACCUACAGUCCCAACUCAUUCCCUCCCUCCUCACACGCAUUGAAAAAUUACUUAAGCAGGGUGAAUAUGGUCUAGAUGAACACAAGCUGCAUAUGUAUCUGUCAGCGCUUCAGUCUCUCAUCCCGUCUCUGUUUGCGGUGCUGCUUCAAAAUGCUCCCUUCACCAGCCGGGCCAAACUACAGUGUGACAUACCUCCUAUUGAGGUGACCCGGUUCCCGCGACCAGCCUCUCCGUUGCAGGACGUUGCCACCAUCGUGGGCAGCCGAGAGCAGUUGGCAAUUCUGUUGCAGUUAUAUGAUCAUCAGAUCCAGCAUGAAGGAACUACAGGAUGGGACAGUUUGCUCUGGGUGGUCAACCAAUUUUUACCGCAGCUAAUAGAGAUUGUAGGACGCAUUAACGUCACCUCAUCCACCUGUGUGCACGAAUUCUCCAGAUACUUCUGGAGAUUUUGUCGGACAUUUGGGAAAAUCUUUACCAACACCAAGGUAAAACCUCAAUUCCAAGAAAUCCUGCGGCUAUCUGAGGAGAAUGUUGAUGCCACAGCAGGAAACGGCAUCCUCACCAAGGCUACAGUGCCAAUCUAUGCUACUGGAGUCCUGACGUGUUACAGUCAGGAUGAAGAUCGUAAACUCUUGGUGGGCUUUCUAGAGGAUGUCAUGACCACACUAUCUCUCUCCCAUGCUCCCCUAGACAGUCUGAAGGCUUCAUUUGUUGAGUUGGGAGCAAACCCAGUAUAUCAUGAGCUGCUGCUGACAGUGCUUUGGUAUGGAGUUGUCCAUACAUCUGCACUAGUACGUUGCACUGCUGCGCACAUGUUCGAGCUGUUGGUGAAGGGGGUGAAUGAAACGCUAGUAGCUCAGAGAGUUGUUCCAGCACUUAUCACUCUCUCCAGUGAUCCUGAAAUUUCAGUGAGGAUAUCCACAAUACCUGCAUUUGGAACAAUUAUGGAAACCGUAACACAAAAAGAGCUGCUGGAAAGAGUGAAAAUGCAGCUGGCCUCUUUUCUGGAAGACCCUCAGUAUCAGGACCAGCAUUCUUUGCAUAUGGAAAUUAUCAAAACAUUUGGAAGGGUAGGACCCAAUGCUGAGCCCCGCUUCAGAGAUGAAUUUGUUCUUCCUCAUUUGCACAAACUGGCUCUUUGCAACAACCAGCAGACUGUGGAGAGUAAGAGAAUUGACAUCGCCACUCAACUGUUUGAGGCUUACAGCGCCUUAUCCUGCUGUUUUAUUUCUGAAGAACUCAUGGUGCAUCAUUUCCUCCCUGGACUGAGAUGUUUGAGGACGGACAUGGAGCAGCUCUCUCCAGAGCAUGAGGUUAUUCUCAGUUCCAUGAUAAAGGAGUGUGAAAUAAAGAUAGAGAACAAAGCCAUUGGAGAGGCACAAGGGUCCAUUUCUAUUGCAGCCAGUCUGGUGGGUGAGGAUGCAAAAACCAAGUUUCUAAGUAAGAUGGGUCAGCUGACAACCUCAGGUGCUAUGCUGGCUAAUGUUUUCCAGAGAAAGAAAUGAGAGCUGCUUGGGGUGUUUCCCAUGAUCCUCUGUUGUCUGGGAUUUCAGACUACUUGAAGUCAAUUAUCUGCCUUUGUUUUAUUCAUCUUUGAUUUGAUAGGCUUUAUUUUUUAACAUAUUUAUGUCUUAAUAAUUAUUAAAGCCUCCAAAUAAAUUUGCACUCAUGUUUGUUUUCCUUUUUCUUUUUUUUUUUUUUUUUUUUACAUUUUAUUUCAGAGGCGUAUUUACAUCACUACACUUUUUUUCUUUUGAAAAAUUUAAACUUUAUGAAAUCAAAACUAUGAUUCCUUCCUUGUCUCGUUAUCUUUUAUGUGUUAUUGUGUCUGGAGAAUAUUUUCUAUAAGUGUGUAAAAUUAUCUGUGAUUUGUUUCUCUUGUUUUGGAUAUACUCCAACCGUAAAUAACUGUAAAAUACAGUGACUUAAGAAAACAGUACCUAACAUUAUGUAUAUUUGAAAUUCGUGUCAUAAGAUAAUAAAAAGCAAA